GAAUGGAUAGGACGGCGCAGACCAGGGCGUCCGAUCCACGCGCGCUCCGCACCCGGGCCCUCUCCAAGUUGGAAAGGACAAAAAGAAGGCAAUAAAUGCUAACAAGGGAGAGAGAGGGAGCCGGAUCGAGCGGCAACUCCCAGCCUCUGCUGGAAGAGAGAGGGAGGGAGGGAGCCGAAGAGAGCGGGCGCGCGCGAGGGCGAGCCAUGCACUCCUGUUUUGUGCGGUCCGGGGAGUUUCGCCCCCCCACCCCUGCCCGGCUCCGCGGCGCGGAGGAUGGUGUGGAAAUGGCUGGGCGCGCUGGUGGUGUUCCCUCUGCAGAUGAUCUAUCUGGUGGUGAAGGCUGCCGUCGGACUGGUGCUGCCCGCCAAGCUGCGGGACCUGUCUCGGGAGAACGUCCUUAUCACCGGCGGCGGGAGAGGCAUCGGGCGCCAGCUCGCUCGCGAGUUCGCGGAACGCGGCGCCAGAAAGAUCGUUCUGUGGGGCCGGACUGAGAAAUGCCUGAAGGAGACGACGGAGGAGAUUCGGCAGAUGGGCACCGAGUGCCACUACUUCAUCUGCGAUGUGGGCAACCGGGAGGAGGUGUACCAGACAGCCAAAGCUGUCCGGGAGAAGGUGGGCGACAUCACCAUCCUGGUGAACAACGCAGCCGUGGUCCAUGGGAAGAGCCUGAUGGACAGUGACGAUGAUGCCCUUCUCAAGUCCCAGCACAUCAACACCCUGGGCCAGUUCUGGACCACCAAGGCCUUCUUGCCACGGAUGCUGGAGCUGCAGAACGGCCACAUCGUGUGUCUCAACUCCGUGCUGGCGCUCUCUGCCAUCCCCGGCGCCAUUGACUACUGCACGUCCAAAGCCUCAGCCUUCGCCUUCAUGGAGAGCCUGACGCUGGGGCUGCUGGACUGUCCAGGCGUCAGUGCCACCACCGUGCUGCCCUUCCACACCAGCACCGAGAUGUUCCAGGGCAUGAGGGUCAGGUUCCCCAACCUCUUCCCGCCCCUAAAGCCGGAGACCGUGGCCCGGAGGACGGUGGAAGCCGUGCAGCUCAAUCAGGCCCUCCUCCUCCUCCCGUGGACGAUGCACGCCCUCAUUAUCUUGAAAAGGCCUUUUCAGGAGGUGAAGCACCCAAGUGCCUUUAUUGGAUGUCAACCCCCAGGAAACCAGGUUCCCCUCUGGCUGCUGUGGACACAGUGGGCAUCUGAGGAGCUACUCUAACUGCAGCAUACUCCCACAGGCUGCCCUCGAGGAGAUCCACAAAUUCUCAGGAACCUACACCUGCAUGAACACUUUCAAAGGGCGAACAUAAAGGCAGGACGCAAAGACAGGCUUAAAAGCCACAGAACCUGAGGGGGCGUGGGCACCUGGGCACACGCCCAUGUGCCUGUCCCUUGACACACUUCUGCUGCAUGAGCAGGACUGCUCCUCCCCUGGGGAGGAAUCUGGCUGUGCCCCCAGGCCAGCCCCAGGACCUUUGCACAGGACUGACGGGUGUAACUCUGACCCCCGUGGGGAGGCAAGAAACCAGCCAGCAGCUGCCUUGACACUUUUGUACAUUUCUGAUUCUGUAGAGUUCAUUGUUAAAUCGCUUCUCAAGUCUAACCAGCCUCGGCAACGUGCAUAGACUAUUUCCGGGAGGGACUGUGCCCACGCACUCCUCCUUCCCCUCCAAACUCCACUCAUCCUCAGCUUGUGCAAACUGGUUGAACGGCAGGAAUACAAAAUAAAGAGAGAUGGCUUUUGCGAA